GAACCAGUGCGUUGCAUCUUUUUAUUGUUCAGUAUAUUUCUGACUUUCUUCACACCACAAUGUGAUGGGGGAAACAUUCUGGUGUACCCUGUCGAUGGGAGCCACUGGAUUAAUAUGAAGAUUUUACUGGAAGAACUUCAUGCCAGGGGACACAACAUCACUGUGAUCAGAGCCUCCACCAGCUGGUACAUCGCAGAGAAAUCUCCCCUCUACAAAUCCAUUUCAGUUGAAAUUGAAGCGGACACGGAAGACUACAUUGAUGACUAUCUGCAAGGGCAUUUCAAGACAGCAAGAGAAGGGGAGUCACUGCUGUCUUUUUUAAAACUUACAAAAGACUUCAUUUGUAUGCUAACACACUUUAAUUCAAUGUGUUCUGAAGCACUCAUUCAAAUGUUCGAUGAUCAAAAUAUGGUGAAAAGUCUGAUAGAUGCUAAAUAUGAUCUGGUUCUUACUGAUCCAGCAAUAGGACCUGGUGUUGUGUUAGCCAAAUUUCUCAAACUGCCAUUGGUGCUCAAUGUGCGCUGGAUCACAAGCGGAGAAGGACACUUUGUUUUGGCCCCCUCACCGCUUUCUUAUAUCCCAGCGCCAGGAUCAGGCUUGACAGACAAAAUGGAUUUCAUCCAGAGGGUGAAGAAUGUGUUCUUCUACGGGAUCAUAUUAUUUCAGGAAAAAGUCAUGGUGGGUCCUAUCUAUGAUGCCAUCUGUGCUAAAUAUAUUGAAGGUGGAUGUGAUAUCGUCUCGCUGCUUCAAGAAGCAGACAUUUGGCUGUUCAGGUCAGACUUUGUGUUUGAAUUCCCCCGGCCCACGAUGCCAAACGUUGUCUACAUCGGAGGAUUCCAGUGCAAACCGGCCCAGCCUCUGCCCUCAGACUUGGAGGAGUUUGUUCAGAGUGCUGGGGAGCACGGAGUGAUCAUCAUGACUCUGGGGACUUUGGUUAAUGGAUUACCAAAAGAGGUUGCAGAUGAAAUUGCCCACGUCUUUGCCAAGAUGCCCCAGAAGGUGAUAUGGAGGCACAAAGGGGAGCGUCCUUCUACACUGGGAAACAACACUUUAAUAGUUGACUGGAUGCCACAGAAGGACCUUCUGGGUCACCCGCAGGUUAAAGUCUUUGUCGCUCACGGAGGAACCAACGGUGUCCAGGAGGCCAUUUAUCACGGGGUCCCUGUGCUCGGCAUACCCCUGUUUUUCGAUCAGUAUGACAACCUCCUUCGUCUGCAGGAGCGAGGAGCUGCAAAGAUUAUCCAGCUGGCUGAUGUGAACGGACAGACUUUUGAGGAGGGUAUUAAGGAGGUACUGCAUACAGACAGCUACAGGCAGAACAUGCAAAGACUGUCCCGUUUGCACAGAGAUCAACCAAUGGCUCCCAUGGACCAGGCCAUCUUCUGGGUUGAGUAUGUGAUGCGCCACAAAGGAGCUCCUCACCUCCGGACAGAGGCUUAUAAGAUGCCC